UACUUACAGGAACAGGAGGAAUAUAUAUCCUACUUGGAAAAAAUAGAAAAACUGCGUCAGAAAAAAUUGAAGAAACAGCAACUUUCCACAGACAGCUCAGAGGAUUGUGUGGGGGAGGAUAAUACAGCUUACACAACACCUUCAGAAACAGAUGGAACCGAAGGGGAAUUCACAUUGCAAGAGGAGGAAGGAACUGAUUCUCGGGUAUCUGAAAGUGAGCUUCAGGCUGCUGAUGGAACCCAAGUUGUUGAGAGAAGAAGGAGAAGAGGCAGAGGGAGAGGACAAGGAAGUGCAAGUAGAAGUAGAAGUAGAAGUAGAAGUGGAGUGGAAGUGGAAGUGGAAGUGCCAUUAGAAGUGAAAGUAGAACUGGAAAUGAAAGUGGAAGAGGUAGAGGUAGAGGAAGAGGAAGAGGAAGAGGAAGAGGAAGAGGAAGAGGUCGAUCCCAAGAAACGCUCGAAGGAAGGAGUAAAGAGGACCGCACAGAUAUGAAUUUUGCAUGGAAAGACACAGAAAGCCAGUCAAAGUCUAUGGAUGGAGAGAGUUAUCUCUCAGAAGAUGAUGUUCCCAUUAAUCUGGGAAUUGGUAUUAAUGUAUACAGAAGAAAACAGGGCAUCACAAAUCUUAAAAGAUCCCUUGUUAUGAAGAAGGUGUGGGAGAAGAGACGUCAGGGCAGUUACCCAGAUCGUACAAGCAAGAGACAGGCUAGGAUUUAUCGGCCCCGAGCAUCCAGAACAAGAGACUGCGUGCGGAAAGAACUUUUGAAGGCCCCUAAAACCCCAAAGCCAUGGGACCUUCCCCUUGAUGGUCCCAUAAAGGUGAAGCCCAUGGUAUCACCUGACCAGGCAGAAAAUGACAUGGCUAAUGAAGAAGGAGGAGAGGCAGAAAUUUUUGAGUAAUGUUGUGGUGUUAUUCAUUUUUUAAAACUAAGAAAUGCCAUCCUUUGGCUUCAUCAGGUCACAUUAUUUUAUAUAAAGAAUUCUUACAUUAUUCCUCAUACAAUGUACUUACAGUAUUCUUCAUACGACAUACAGUAUUUAUCAUAUACUUACAGAAUAAAAUCUUUUAUGUUUAAAAUUUUGUUGUUUGUUGUUUUUUGAUAUCUUAUGCAAUUUCAUGCUAAAUUUGUUGUCUCUGUCUGUGCCUUUGUUCAUGUGUUCUUUGAGUCCUUUAUUUAACAGGAAGAGAUGAAGGAACAUUUAAAAUGAAAUAUGGAAUAUAAAAAUGUUUUAUGAGGAGUGAUUAUUUUCUUUAGAUAUUUGAGGUGCACUUAAUUUUAUGAAAGUAUUUUUUUUUUCCUUAUCUGAGAGAGAUGGGGAAGUAUAUGUAAAAUGUAGUUUUUGUAUAAAAAGCAAAGUCAAAUUUUGUGAUGCAAAGAAAAAAGCAAAAUUAAUUAAAGUAUGGAAGAAUGUAUAUUAUUUGUCCUGUUCAUUUACAGAUGUGUGUAGAAACUUGCAUCUGCAUCUGUUUGUAUGUGUACAGUAUAUAUAUUCACAUAUAUAGAUAUACAUAGAUUUUCUUUUUAUAUUUGAACAUGCAUUGUUAUUCUCCAACUUUGUUUUGUAGGAAUCAGGAAAACACUUGAUGAAAUAUAGUUGUAUAAUGUUUUGUCAAACAUUUCAGUACAGUUCUUUGAAGAAAUGAUUUGUUAUGUAUCUUGUACAAGUAAUGGCACUUUGUUUGCAUAUUACAUUAUUCACUUGAAGUUUUCUUUAAAGAGAGUUGUGGCUAUGAUACUUUCUGCACACCUAAUCUGAAAAAUAAUAUUAAUAUCAUUUGAAUGAGGGAUGAAAAUAUGUAUUCUCUUAAUAAAACAUGGUAUGAGGAGAAAAAACGAAAAUAAACAUUCCCAUUGAAUAUGCUAGUAAUCAUGUUAACACUUACCUAAUUUUGUCAGUAUUUGAAAGAAAAGAAAUGUAUAUGGAGUAGAGUUAUGCUUUUUAUAUAUAUUAUUUACCUUCAUACUAUGUUGAAAAACAAGAAACCCUCCCCCCAAAAAGUACAGUGCCAGGUGUUAUAGCACAUAGAAGCAUGUAAGAUGUAUGCUUACCCUCUACUGAUUCAUAUUUAAUCUUGAAGCCUGCAUAAUUUCCAGAACUGUUACUGUGGAAUUUAAUUUCCACCCUGUUACUUGUGGAUGUCAUGGUGGGAGGGUCCAAGUAUCCACAAAAUCUUCUCCUGGACAGAUAUAAACUUUGUAAGGGGCAAGCAGCAAAUAAGAUAAUGAUGAUUGCUUAUUCUUUCAUUAGUGCAGUUCAUGAAGUGAAUGAUGAACAAAAGUAUUUUCAUUUAUUUUAACUGAUUUCCUUAUGAGUGUAACAAAGUAUUUAGUAUGUGAAGGAUCAGUGCCACUAAAGUAACUUUUAGAAUGUUUUACAGAUAAUAUAAAAAGAAGAUUAUUAUAAGGCCAAGUCAAUCAGGUAUUAUGAAUUUUAAAAGCAUGUGUUUGCCAUUUUAAAUACUUUUAAAUUGGGUUGUCCAAGUAAAAGCAAAAUAUCUUGAGUGAUCAGAAACUCAGGUAAUAUUAAAACUGGUUCUCUUCCAUUUUACCCUU